AUGGAAAUCACUGUGAAAGUAAUACUCGGAUUCUGCUACGGCAUCCUAUCUGCUACCAGCCUUCUCCUCAAUAUUAUUGCACUCUUCACAGUAUUCCGCUUGGCCUUUGUGCUCCGGAAAAAUCAUGUCUAUAUAAUCGCCUUCUUCAAUAUUCUAUCAGACGUCCUUCAGAUGACAAUGUCCACGUUUUACCUAGCGCCUAGUAUAGUAGCCAGCUCCUUUUUAAUCAGCACCGUCAAAAAGAGCACAUGGACAAUGGUGUUCGGUUCUUCGUUCAUGUUUCUAUGGUACUUUGAGACAAUCACUCAAGUAAUCAUGGCUCUUAACAGAUACGUGAUCAUCUGUCAACAAAAGCACAAAAUUUUCACCUUCACCACUACUAUCCUUCUAUUCACGUUUCUGAUUCCUUUCUGUUUUAUGCUCAUGUACAAUUCUCAGUACUUGAACCCAUGUUGCGCAUUUGUAUUCGACCAAGAAUACCUUUCGUACUCCUACUACUCAUUAGAGGGGAUUCCGAAUUAUUCGGAUAAAUUUGACCUUCCUUUGAAUGCAAGCAGCUCCAUCAUUUCUGCAAUUUGUUAUAUCAUGAUCUUUUGGACUGUCCACAACUCUACUCCUACCUUCUCCUCGGUGGCUGGAGAGCACCAGAAGGCAAAAAGAAACCGAGAUAUCAGAUACGCCAUACAAUUUAGCUUACUCUUGGUGUUCUAUGUUUUUGUUUGGGUUUUAUUCCGAGUUCUCCCAAUCCUGCUGGCAAAUAGACAUGUGGAAUGGUUCAUCUUAGUUCCCACGUUUUAUACCAUUAACUGUACAUCGAAUGCUAUAAUUUAUCUUGGUUUUAACAGUGAAGUCCAAAACAACAUUUUCCCUCAAAAACUACUCUCUGUGCUUCAGUUCAUUGGUUUGGCCAAACAAGAGUCUCCCAAGUUUAACAUGUCUAUGAUGAGUGUGACAAAUCAGUCAAGAGCAAGUGUCGGACCGGUUGCACAUGUGGCGAUACGAUUUAUACCGGAAAGGAAGCAUCAGCCAUUCAGAUCGAUUGGAAUGGUCCAUGAGAAUCAGCAGAAUGUAGCAUGA